GACAUAUAAUUUAAAGAUCAAAACAGAACACUGUCAUUGAAUGUGUAUACCAAAACCUGUUUACCUAAAUAUGAAUAUAAUUUUCAGCUUGCCAGUCAUCUGAGUCUGUUUACUCUGCUGGAAAUGUAACAGACGGGUUCCUAAACUUGUCAUAUCAUAGUAUCCAGUUUGGAUGGUUAGACGCUCAUCAAAACGGGAAACAGUAUGUGAUACCUGCCUAUGACGAUGUUGAUGAGAUUUUCGAUGAAUGUGUCGGUAUCAAUGAUUGGUAUCGCGACGGUUUCUUUCUGAAAGAGAGAAUGUCUCUAGAUAUACCAGAAAAUAUUCCUGUCAAGUAUGCACUUUGCUACGUACAAAAACGCAACUUAGACUAUGAUUAUUACGAUAACUAUAAUGAUGGGGAAUAUUAUUAUGAAGAGUAUUGUACUACUUACGCUUAUGCAAGAAAAUGUGAUGGGAAAAUCCAGUUUGAUGUAUCACCUUUUCGCUAUUAUCACCAUUUCUGUCUCAUUCAUUACAACAAUGUGAAGGUAAUACCAGAAAUAAAACACAGAGAAGACAAAGUCAGUGAUGAUAGAAUUAUAUAUAGACCAUACAUUCAGUUCCAAUGUUCAUUUGUGAUGACUGGAGACACUGCUUACAAAGUGACAUGGUAUAUCAAUGGAACACUAUGGCGUGAGACAGGAUUUUCAUCUAAUCCGGAUGACCUUGUAUUAAGCGGAGAUUCUUUAAAUCAAUUACGACUUGGAUAUGAGGUGAAAUGCGGUGUCAUCGCAGCUGGGACAACAGAUGAAAAAUUGAGCAAUACUUUUUUCGCAGGUUGGAAGAUUUCAGACACAUCCAGAAGACUGCCGAAGAAUGGAUAUGCUAUCAUUGUAGUUGAACAGACAGUUCCUUUAGGUUGUACAUAUACCAAUACAGGAGAAGAAGUGUGCGAGGAAACGCUUACACUUUUAGACAUAAACCGUGAAAUUGAUGCAUGCAAGGCUGGAAUACACGUGAUGAACGCUGAUAAUAACCGUACAUCUUCUCACACAAUAAAGAGUUUGAUGGUAGGUGAUGUUUGGAACUCCAGCAUCAAGUAUAGAUUUAGAUUAACUACAAUAGAUCAUGACUACGAUGACAAACUGAACUUUGACAUGGAGUUGCUUGUAACUAAGUCUGAACUGACAGAAGUAGUAAAUACUGAGCGCAUUGGAAUCGUUGCGGUUGAGGUGACACACUCGGCAUUGCAUAGAUACAAACGCUGCUACUAGCAUGCUGACCCGCACGUGCGAACUGCGGACGGAAGGUAUUUCGGGCAACAAUUGGUCGCUGAUCACAUGUUUUAUAGAAACAAAGCAUAUCAGACAGAGGUUCAUGAGUAUGCCAGAUACUGUAAUAAUAAUGGCGGAGCAGUGUGUGCUUGCGGUGUAGCCAUCAGGUCAGGGGCCGAUGUCUUUGUAAUUAACAGAUGUGGCAACUAUACGAUAUUAGACUUCAUGCAAUGUAAUGAUGGAGGAAUCAUUG